CCAAAGGUUUUGUUUCAAUAGCACCUGAAUAUGAACGUACAAAGCUGGUGCAACAAUUGCUGGUUAACUUUUCCUAACUUGUGAACACCUACGAUCACGAUUUGCCAGUUAAUCCUUUACAAGGCGGAUCUAUUUGCUUGGUUCGAUGCGGCGAUAAAUCGCACUGCUGAAAAGAAAUUCUUUGUUUUUCUCCACACUUCGGUAAACAUACGAACAGAAGAUACUCGUGCGCGCCAAGAUUUCCCUCGUAGUAGUAGGUCAUUAUAGAAUUUCUAGUGAGGUGCGCCGCGCUAUGUGACCAGAAUGAUUUCUUUGCGUGAAAGUCACCCUAGAAUGGUACAACCGAAUCCAGCCAGUGAAAUGGAAACUAUUUGAUCCACGUGGAAUGCGAACGCACGCACGCAGAACUAUGUAGAAACUUGUGGAAAUGCAAAUGAAGUCUCGUUAAACUGCAACUCCAAGACGAGUGGAAAUGUUAAAAAGCGACAUUCGCUAAAGUAAAUUUAAAAAAUUGGAAAUAAAAUGUUGCGAUGAUGGAUUCAACUUUGACUUGGAGAUUUCUUGUGUCUUAUAUGAAAAGCUGCCCUAACACAUAUUUUUCACCAAACGCUAUUCUUCUAGAUCAAAAAUCUUCGAAGCAUAAGAGGGUAUUAUUUGUCCGCACACCAGCGUACCAUUCUUCAAACAAUACAAAGCCAAGGAACGUGGGUCUCCUUUAUACGAGUUACUCAAAACUUGGUCACCGUGAUGAGUGGCAGGACGUAAUGAGCGAGUACGAACGAAUCAAGCGUUCGUGCUUGAAACGAGGUGAAUUAUGGGAAGACCCAGAAUUUCCAGCCACGCAGACGUCGGUCUUCUACCAUCAAACGCCUCCGUUUCAGUUUCAAUGGAAGAGACCAAAGGAAUUAUGCAAUCGUCCAAUAUUUGUCAACGACACACCAGCUCAGUUCGACGUAAUUCCCGGGAAAAUGGGUGACAAAUGGCUAGUUUCUUGCCUGGGCGUUCUGCACUUGAGCAAGGGACUUUUCUACAGGGUGGUACCAGCUGAUCAAGGAUUCGGGAACAGCGGAGAACCACCUGGGUCACCAACGGCUGAAUACGCAGGAGUCUUCAGGUUCCGGUUGUGGUGGUGCGGCGCAUGGGUCGAAGUUCUCGUCGACGACAGGCUACCGGCGAUUCACGGACGGCUGGCUUUCGUGCAAAGUCGUCACAGUGAUCAAUUCUGGCCGGCUCUUCUGGAGAAAGCGUAUGCCAAAUUGCACGGAUCGUACGAAGCUUUGAAGUAUGGAACACUGUUGGAUGGCUUGUCUGACCUUACCGGCGGAAUCACUGAGAGUAUCGCCAUACGCCAAGAUCCUACUGCGUGUGGGCGAGUACUAGCGAAACUCCUCGAUAUGACAUCCCUUAUCACGUGUACAGUAAAUAACAAUCAGCAGCAGAUUCGUGCCAGUACAGAGAAACUCGCCAAUGGCAUUCAGAUGGGGAUCAAUUACAGGCUGUACGCUAUUGAAAGGGUGGAAACAUUCAACGGCGAGGCGGUUCAGUUAGUAAAAUUAAGAAAUCCUCUUGGACCUGGUAGGGAGUAUGUUGGCGCUUGGGCGAGAGGUGGCCUUGAAUGGGAUGAAGUACCUCCAAUGGAAAGGGAUCGUUUAGCGGUCAGAAACAUGGCCGAGGGAGAAUUCUGGAUAUCGUAUUCGGAUUUCGUGAAGACGUUCACUCAUUUAGAAGUCGUACAUCUUGAUGCCGAAACGUCGAGAGAUGAGCCAUCGUUGCAUAGCAAACAUACCUGGCAAAUGAAACUCUAUCAAGGCAGCUGGAGGAGGGGCGUAACCGCGGGAGGAUGUCGGAACAAUGAAGAAACUUUCCAUAUUAAUCCACAAUUACAUCUAAUCCUAAGUGAAAUGGAAGAAGUAAUUGUCUCUUUGUAUCAACACUCUAUCAUGGAAAUAAAAGUGAUAGGCUUCACGGCGUACACUUUGCCGAAAAAUAGCACAGAAUCGAUAAACAAGCAAUUUUUCAAAAAGAAUAAAUCUUUGGUUAACUCGCAAUAUACCAACAGUCGUCAAGUGAGCCACAGAUGUCAAUUAGACCAGGGUGGCUAUUUGUUAGUACCCACUACUUUUGAACCUACACAAGAAACAAGUUUUACAUUGCGAGUCUACAGUAGUAAGCCUUUAAAACUUAAACUCCUCGAUACGCCGCCGUCUUUGAUGAAAUCGGCCAUCAUCAAAGCGCCACCCCUCGAAGGCAAAGGUUUCUCACAAUAUGAAGCCGUGUUUCUGCAACUUGCUGAUGAACACAGAACAGUAAACGCUUUUGAAUUGCAAGAACUUCUCGAAGCUUGUUUACCAAAUGAUUAUAUAAAAAGCUGUGCUUCUAUGGAAGUAUGUCGACAGGUAGUUCUUACAAUGGAUAGUUCUGGUAGUGGUCGAUUAAAAUUCAAUGACUUUAAGGAUCUCAUGUGCAGUUUAAAAUACUGGCAAGCAGCGUUUAAAAAUCACACGAAGGAAAAAACGGGUAUACUUAAAGCGGAACGAUUGCGAGAUGCGUUAUUAGAAGUGGGGUUCCAAUUAAAUACGGAUGUACUUUCAAUUUUAAUCCUUCGCUAUAUGAGAAAGGAUGGGACACUCAGAUUUGGUGACUUCGUCUCGGCAAUACUGCACUUGAGUGACGCAUUUGGAAUAUUUGAAAGUAAAGAUCCUUUGCAAAAUGGGACCAUAAAAUUAAGUUUAACUGAGUGGCUCAGAUCAUCUUUGAUGUGCUGAACUUACUACUCAACAUAAUUCGUGUACCUUAGAAUACUUGUAAAUAAUGUUUUUUACGUCGUAUGUAGACUUAAGUUCUAGCCAUAUUAACGGUUAAUGAACAAGUCUAUUUUUUGUGCUGUUUGUAAAAUAAUGUCAUUAUUCCCGCCAUUAGCAAUCUCAUCAUUCCUUCAUCUAAUUAAACAUUAUAAAUGACAAUGUAUUAUAUGUUAUUUGUAUAAGAAAUUCAUACUGAAUAAUAAAGUUAAAUUUAUU